UGGCGAGGGCGGGCGGGAGUGGCGAGCGCCGGCGGGACUGGCGAGCGCGGGCCGGGCUGCGCUCAGGCGGGCCGUCCGCGUCCGCAGCCGCGGGGCGCCCCGUUAGUAAUGUCCCCUGGGACGUGGGUUUGGUUGCUAAGACGUUUUCCAGCAGCCGGGCGCUCGGCCGGCGCGGCGGGCCCUGAGGCGGGUGUCCGAGGCCGGGCCCUCAGGCGGCCGCGGCGGGGCGCGCUCACCCGGGGUCUCCCCCAGCCCAGGGUCCUGACGGAGGGCGUGGGUGGCCGGAGCCCGCCCGCAGUCCUGGAUGUCGGGGGCCGCGCCGUUCGAGAGGAGGCUGGUCCAUCUGGACCUCAAGGGAGCCCCGCCCAAGGUCUCGUACCUCGCGGAGGUUUUCCCUCUGUUCCGCGAGCUCGGCGCGAACGGCCUCCUCGUGGAAUAUGAGGACACGUUUCCCUACGAGGGCCGCCUGAGGCUGCUGAGGGCCACGCACGCCUACAGCCCCUCUGAAGUCAAAGAGAUCUUGCAUCUGGCCAGACUGAGCGAGCUGGAGGUCAUCCCCUUGGUCCAGACAUUUGGACACAUGGAGUUUGUGCUGAAGCACGCAACGUUCGCUCACCUCCGAGAAGUACCGCCCUUCCCCAACACCCUGAACCCCCAUGAGCCAGAGUCCCUGGCUCUGGUGGGAGCCAUGAUCGACCAGGUGCUGGCGCUGCACCCAGAUGCCCGGUGGCUGCACAUCGGAUGCGAUGAGGUGUAUUACCUGGGCGAAGGCGAGGCCUCGAGGCGCUGGCUGCAGCAGGAGCACAACAAUAAGGCAGCGCUGUGCCUGUCCCACAUGAGGGCUGUGGCCAGCCACGUGCGGGCCCGGCACCCCGGCACGACGCCCCUGGUGUGGGAUGACAUGCUUCGGGACAUCCCGCAGGACCAGCUCACAGUCCUCCUCAUGGAGAAGUUCCGGGAGUGCCGCUUCCCACGCCUCUGGGCGGCAAGUGCCUUCAAGGGGGCCACGGGGGCCAGCCGGGCCCUGCCGCCUAUCGAGUACCACCUCCACAACCACACACAGUGGCUGCAGGUGGCAGGCAGCGCGCCCACGGACGCUCUGCGGGGCAUCGUCCUGACCGGCUGGCAGAGGUACGACCACUUCUCAGUGCUGUGUGAGCUGCUUCCUGUGGGAAUCCCGUCCCUGGCCGCCUGUCUGCAGUUGCUCCUGCAUGGAGGGUUUACCGAAGAUGUUAAAACCAAGGUGGAGAACCUUCUCGGGCUCUCAAGCCUGGAGAUGACGGACUCUACGAGCAAGGGGGCUGGCUCCUUCCCUGGCAGCAACAUCCUCGCCCUUGUCACCCAAGUCAGCCUCCACCUGCGCAGCUCCGUGGAUGCACUGCUGGAGAGGAACAGGUACGUGACCGGCUGGUUCAGCCCCUACCAUCGCAGGCACAAGCUCAUCCACCCGGUCAUGAUCCAGCACAUCCAGCCUGAGGCACGCAGCCUCCUGGGCAGGUGGAGUGCCCUUGUGCAGGAGCUGGAGGCAGCCCUGCAGCGCACCUUCCAGCCGGACGCCGUGGAGGAGUGGCUGGAGGAGAACGUGCAUCCCAGCAUGCGGCAGCUGCAGGCACUGCUGCAGGACCUCAGUGAGGCGGCCACGGCCCAGUUCCUGGUUGGUGGCCCCUGCUGGAACCAAGCUGCAGCCGGCCCCUCGCAGCCACUCCCUGCUGAACCUGGGGGCUGUGCGGGGCUGGGUAACCCCCAGGAUGCGCAGGGGUCUCUGGGGAAGGAGAAGCAGAUGGCAGCAAAGGACACACUCACUCAGCAGGGACCUGGGGCCGUGACCUGCACACAGAACUUUAUUCUGCAAUAAAGAGUGAAAGCUGCAGUCGGA